UUUUUUUUUUUCUUUAUAAAUAUAACAAAAUAAAUGACACCUGAAGAACGUAUUGAGAUAAUAAAUCAAUUGAGAAAAGAGCUCGGCGAUAUUAAAUACAAUGUCACUAAUGAGUACCUUGAACAAUUCUUAGUCGCACGUAGUUGGAAUAUUGCUAAUGCUAAAGAUCAAUUGUUAAAAACAUUUCAAUGGCGUGAAGAAAAUAAUAUUGGUCAUCAUCCCGUUGCCACAGCAGAAAAUAAGCUACCUGUACUUUAUGCAGUACGUGGAUAUCAAUCGAUACCUGACAGUAACUUGGAACCACUUCCCGGUAUAUCUGAAUCUGUUUUGAGAAUUAAUAAAUAUAUGGGUGGUGCUUGUCUUCAUAAAACAGAUAGAGAAGGCUGUCCAGUAUACAUUGAAAGAUUGGGCUAUCACAAAGCAAAGGAACUUGCUAAAAAUGCAAAAGUAGAAGAAGUAAACGGUUAUCAUAUUGGCUGUAAUGAGUUUUUACAUAGAGUCAUUAUGAAAGAUUGUUCAAGAGCUGCUGGUCGUCAUAUUAAUCGAGAAACUGUCAUUUUUGACUGCACUGGCAUGGGUUGGCAUCAAUUACACAUGCCAGCUUUAAAUUUCAUUCGGGCUAUUGCGGAUGUUGAUCAAAAAUAUUAUCCAGAAACUUUAAAUAAGUUCUACUUGGUAAAUGCUCCUAGUGCCUUUGUUUAUGUUUGGAAAAUUGUUAAAGGUUGGCUUGAUCCAGGUACAAUUGCUAAAAUUCAAAUUAUUGGAUCUGAUUUUAAGGAACCUUUAUUGAAACAGAUUGCGCCAGAGAAUUUACCCUCUUUCCUAGGAGGUGAGUGUAAAUGUGAACAUAUGGAAGGUGGUUGUGUUCCUUCUCAAGUAUUGAAAAACGCAAAACCACUUGAAGCUAAAGAUCAUAAUGAGAAAGUGCCAACUGCUUAUAAUACAAAUAUUAUGAAUCAAGGGAAAACAUCUGAAGUUGUUCGAGGCCCGUCAAUGUAUUAGACAUGAAAAGUAAAUAUUUAGACAUUUUUCUUUUUUUAAAAAAAAAUAAAAACAAAAAUAAAAAUAGUUGGAAGCUAUAAACAAAAAAACACAAAUAAACAA